GGUGGUCGAGCGCACGUGACCGGGCGCCACUCGCGCGCGCACCGCGGACGCCGCCGCUUCGAAUUUUGAAUCCGGAACGUUAACCGUUCCAUAUUUGAAAAUUUGAAUUUUUUUUCAAACAAAGUGUCAGUGGAACGAACUUCUUUGAGGAUUUUGUGCCAGUGUUGUUUUGUGCUACUUUUUAAACAGAUAGAGACGGAGCUCCCGCUGACUCUGCGGUAUAAAAUGUUAACAUAAACGUUAAGUGCAUAUAGUUUUUGUCUCCGUGCAUAAUCGACUAGCUAGUGAUAAUCGACUAAAGUGAAGUGAGAUCAGUGUCCCUCGCACGUUGGACGGAAUUUUUUAUUUUGGCGGCAUUGCCUUGAUGUCAGUCCGCUCCAAAAGUAAUGGAUAGCCACAGCAGAUCGGCGUCGCCGCGCGAGCCUAUACGGCCCCAACACCGUCCACCAUCGCCGCCGUCCUCGCCAGCCGCCUUCGACAACAGAGCAUACCAGCACGACGAAUCGGACCCAAACCACAACGACUCGUUCACAUCAAACGGACCACAGCAGAACGGACACACCAAGGAACCGAAUGGCGAAACCAAAACAUUAGAAGCAGUCAAUCUAGAACUGAUAAACCUCACGCCUAAAAAUGGAAAUGCUAAGAAGAAGGAUGUUGAGGUUGAUAUGAACGCGAGUAACCCUUACGAUGAAUACUUCGUGCCAGUAAACGAGCACAGGAAAUAUAUGAGAGGCGAGAAACUUUACGUAACUGCGGACAAACGAGGCGAAAAAGGCGGGUGCAAACGACCCCUCUGCUGGACACUGCUGGGCUUGGUGGUAGCCGCUGUCGUCGCAGUUAUCGUAUUAGCAGCCACUGGCAUACUGUUCACAAAUUCGCCAACAACCCUCGAGCAAUACAACACGUCGAUCAGCUCGGCGCGGGCGCUGGGCGGUAUCGCACACGAUCACGCACACGACCACGACCACGACCAUCACGACCAUCACGACCACCAUGUCCACGACCCCACGAUGUCGCCCCAGCCCGAACACGGACCAGAAACGCAGAACGAUGAGGCGCAUGAACAGGUGGCAUCGGAUGAAAGUGAUUCCUCAUUGUACGUGCCGAGAACAGUUGAAGGUGAAUUGAAGAUCGAUAACGAAGAGUUCACGUCGAUGUUAAAGGACCCUGACAGCAACGAAUACAAAGAAUUUGUUUCGACCUUCACCGAAGGACUGAAGCGAGCGCUUUUCGAAAAAAACACACUGGACUACGGCGAUAACGACAUCACUGUUGAAGUUGUACAAUUAAGAGAGGGCUCAGUCAUCGUUACGUACAGGAUCCAUUGGAAACCGAGAAUUAAUGUUCAACCCUCAGAAGAUUUGCUUACACCUAAAAGCUUAGAAAUGAAGCUCGAAAAUUAUCUCGAUAGGAACGACAGAAUGAUCAGCAACUACCACGUAGCCGAAGACAAAAUGAUCGCGCGACCGGUUCUUGACAUCUGUCAAAUUAACCAAAACGACUGUGAGCACGGAUGUGAAUUCAAUGAACGUACAUUAGACUUCACUUGUACGUGUCCUCCCGGUCUUAUGUUAGACAUGACCAAUCCGAAAAAAUGCAUGUCCAUUCUGGAGGGCCCAGUACAUGAUGUACAAGAAGCAAACCAAGAAGCGGAGAACGUUGAUAAGACACCCGAGUCAAAUGAAGCCACUGUGAAACCUGCGCCUGAAGAAGAAAAAGCGGCUACUGAAUCAGCACAUGUUACCGAACACGAAAACACUUUUGACUGGAAGGAAACUCAUCACAUGAUGCCUGUAACAACCACUGAGUCCGAAGCCGAUGUCAAUUUUUCACAUAUCUUUGGCCAUGAACAUCAUGAGCAUGAAACUGAGAUUCCAGUAGAAAAACAUUACCUAGAGGAGCAUGGAAAAGAAACGUCUGAAGAAGAGAUAGAACCAAAACCGGAACCAGAACCGACCUCCGAGCCACAACCAGUAGAAGAACCCCAACCUUCUGCAGAACCACAACCAGCUGCUGAGCCCGAACCUACUGCUGAACCUAAGUUAACCGCGGAACUACAACCCACUUCUGAACCAGAGCCGACCCUCAACUCUGAGCCAGUCCCCGAGCCUGAACCGGUGCCCGAACCCGAACCAACAGCGGAACCAGAGCCGACCGCUGAGCCGCAUCCCACUAUGGAAUCUCAACCUGCCAAAGAGCCAAAAUUAAUACCAGAACUACUGCCCACACCCGAGCCCCAACCAGUGGAAGAAUCUCAUUCAGCGGAACCACAUCCAACUGAAGAGCCCCAACCGACUUCUGAACCUCAACCAGACUCAGAAAACCAACACGACUUGAUUGAUGCUAAAGAUCUAUCUGAACCAAAGUCUGAACCAGAGCCAAAUUCGGAAACUCAUGUAGAAGCUGAUUCAGAAAAAAAUGAACAAGAACAUUCUGUACUCCUAUUCCAACCAGAAAUGGAACCAUCUCCUGAACCCCAACCCAGUUCUGAAACUAAUACUGAAACCCAACCCCAUGCCGAACUACAGCCUAAUGCUGAAGCACAACCUAACGGUGAUCAGGAAACACAAACUGAAACGGAAAUCCAGACUGAACAUGAAUUUGCAAUGCAAACAACAACUAAAGCACAAGCGAACGAUGAUCAUCAAAUUCCAUCGCUAGUUCAUGUAAAUGAGCAUGAAGAAAGUGCAGGAGAAAGCAUUGGCCGUGCUUUGGACCAAGAAAAUAAUAUUACAUCAGAAGAAAAACCCAUCGGUAUAGACGAAAAUGUAGAAUCUAAAUUGCCAACUACUGUCAAUACUAUAGAAACUACUACAAUGAGGAUUUCAAUAUCGGAGCCUAAUAUUAUUAAUGAGCCAUCAUAUGAACCCAAACCCGAAAUAAUUUCAAUAUUUAAUGACAACAGGGAACCAACGAACGGACCUGUAUUUGUCACAAGCGAAACUAACGAAUUAACUACUAAAAAUAAUGAUUGGCUUGAACAAACCACACAAAUCAAUGUGAAAGAUGGCGCGAGUACAAUUGAAGAAAAAAGUACGGAAUUGAAUUUUCCCUCUAAUUUAGAUGCAAUUAUGAAAUAUCUUACACCCGACCAUGAACAUGAAUCGGAAUCACGAUCAUUCAAACAUAUUGAAAGUGAGAUAGCAACGGAAAUAACCACGAUUAAAUCCACUUCAAAACCCGAAGACGAACUACCCAUAGAUUUAACAAAAGAAAAUGAAGUUCCGGUGACAGAAUCAAUUGGAAAGGUAGAAGAAGAAACUACAAAACCCUUCUUAUCUAUGCUCCCUGACAUGAAUAUAAAAGAAUCUGAACAUGAUUUAGAUUCAAAGGAAGAAAAUGGUAUUGAAUUAACUACUACACCCGUAACUUUUCUACAUGACCAUAACGACCAAAUAACAACUGCACCUGAAAAUAGGAUAGAAGGAACUGCAGAAUCUGUAACUCAAAAACAAGAUGAAAUAGUAGAAAAAGAAUCUAAUGUUACUUCUUUAAUCGAAGAAGCUAAGUUAUUAGAUUCGAAGACCGUAAGACCACUCGUUACCACCACUUUACAAUCAGAAAUAGUAACUGAAUAUUCUAUAGUCACACAUCAUAAAGGCUCUGAAGAAGACAAACAAUUAAUGGAUGCACUUGAGAACAAUAAACAUCUCGAACCUAAUGAGACUUCUGAAGAAACCAAUGAUGUACCUGGUGAAGGCAUGGAUAUUACUUUUGAUGUUAUCAGUCAACUAUAUAAUCGUUCAUCAAAAUCUAUUGAAACGGUUAAUAAAACAAAUUCCGAUUUAGUAGGAUCAAAUAAUAGCUUAAUAGACGAUGCCAGUACAACAACUGAAUCUGAUUGGCUAUCUGAACCUGUAACCGAAACCAAUUAUGAAGAGGCAAUGAAUAAAAUGGAAAAACAUGAAACAACUGAAGCAACCAUGGUUAAAAUGGACGAUAUUAUAAAUCGAGAACUAACUAAGGAUGAUUUCGAGCCUGAUUAUUUAAAUAAUAUGGGUACUGGCAGCAAAGGAACAGAAGAAGAGGAACCUGCUUACGGUAUGGUACAUGAUUAUGACAAUGAAGAUUCCAGAGUUAAGAGAGUACAUACAGACAUGACCACAGGUUCUACAGAAAAUGAAAUUAAUAACAACAAUAUAACUCAAAAAAUAACAACUGAAACUAGUCCAGCUACAAAUUUACCUAUCGAAACUACUACAGUUAGUGAGUAUAUUUAUAAAUCCGCUGAACGGGCAUCAAAUCAACCAGAGGAGGAUGCUAUCAAACAAAACUCUAAUGAUUCGGUGAUGUCCGUAAUAUCACACUCGCCAAUCACAGCUGCCCCAGCACCGGUUUGGGAAGAAUCGGAAGUAGAAAAGGAGUUAGCAAUUAAAGAACUUACAAAACUAAAUAAUGAUAUUACAACGCCACAAACCGUUAUGAUCGAAGAAAUAAUUGUACCGACUACAAUAAUGGAAAUGCCUACUACCAUCGCCUCUGCAACAACAACACUUCCUCCAGUAACUACCGUUAUAAUGGAACAUAAAAUGGAAAAAGACAGUGGCAAUGAUUUCGCUACACCAGAAACACUAAAUUCUUCUCAACUUAACAAUUUGAACGUGACCAUUUAUGAGAUAUCAAGUCACGGCAGUAAUACAUCUGUAGCAUCACCAAAGUCACCAAAUGGCAAUUCUGCAGAAUAUGAGGACCAUGAAACAGAGAUGAACCCUUUCUUGCCAGAAAUUGAAAACAACAAAAGUCUUGUCAAAAAAUUGCAAGAAGGCCAUGAUAUAGAACCGGCGAAUUUAAAUGAAACUCAAAAUGAGAAUGUUGAAGAACAUUCUAUGUCAUCUGAAGGAAAUUCAUCUUCAGACGACGGUUUGACAGUAAUAUCUAAAGGCAAUGAGGUACCAUCAAUUACUACUACUGAAUCCUCAACAACAGAAAAAGAUACGUCUUUUAAUGAACUUCUUAUGAAUGUUAACUCACACGAAAAUGUAACCGAACCUCCCAGAACAAACGCGCCUGAAGUAACUACCAAAUUAACUGAAACCAUAUCAAAUGAAGAAAAUAACAUGAUGGCCAAAUCACAAGAGAAAGAAAUGUUGCCAGUUUCAACAUUCUUAAUGGACACUGAUGAUUUGGAUACAUACAAGCCCAUCACAACGAAGAUCGAUUCCGUAGGAGAAAAUGCCGUUUCGCCAGUUAAUCCUGCAAGUGUAAAUAGUGAUAGUGAAUUUCUUAGUGUAGUGCCUAUUGAGGAAGAGAGGAAAGAGGAAGAAGAGGCACUGAAAGGGAAUUAUACGAAAGACAACAUCCAAGAACUUAAUGAUAUAAGUGAUUCGCCAAAAAAGAGUGAUAGGAGGACAUUAGAUGAAACCAAAUUCGAUGCAGUAAUUAAUAAUGAAGCGUAGUGCACGCUUACUGUAAGUUUACGUACGCAAUUAUGCUUGUAUAUUGCUAUGUAGUUUCCUGUGAUGCUGUCGAUACUGAACAUUAAAAACUAACAGACUAUUUUAUACCAAUGUAAAUGCAAUAUAAUACAGAUUUAUAUUAUCUCACGUAAUGUCUCAACGUAAAUCCCAAACUCUGUACCUUGAACAUUUGCGAACAAAUUUUCAUUAGACUAGUCAUGCUACGAAAGAGUCAUCUUCUUGAAGAUUUUAAAUUUAUUUAUUACUUCGUACCUAAAAAGAAUGAAAUAUUUAUAAAUCCAUAAUAAUGUGUAUUAAGCAUAAUGAGUUUAUUAAACAAGGUACACCAGUAUAGUGUAAUAAUUAGGUCUCUUUGCAGCAAGAAUAUUUAAAAUAUCAUAAAGUUUUGUUACCAUAGCUAAAUGUAUAUCGUUAUUAUUUUAUUAAAAUUAUACUUGAAUCGGUGGACUCGGCUGUUGAAUAGAGAAACGUAAAUAAAUUUUACGUGUUAAAUUAUUCUGGUGUGAUGAAAGAAUUCGUGUUCUGCCAUGAUAGAAUGUGAUAAGUCUCAUAUGUAUACAUUCCACAAGCACUUAGAUGUUUUAACUUAGUGAUGUAAUGCAGAAGUGAGGUCUGAUUGUAAAAUAAUAAUUAAUUUAGUACUUGUUAACUAAGAAAUAUUUUGUAUAAAUGGUUGAUAUUGUAAAGAAUUACGUUGUAAAUAAAUUUAAAGUUAAUAAUAAUUA